CAUCUGUGUGUACUCAGAGACAGGAUGUACUGCCUAAUGCCGAGGCUGUCUGCUGGGAAUAGAAACUCAGCACCCCAUGGGAAAUGAGGAAGUAGAAAGAGAAAUCAGCAAGCUCAGCUAUCUAGUUCCAAUCUGUUUCUGACAUGUUGUGCUCCCUAGUAAACCUGGAUGAAAUCCUGAGGAAAUAGCAACUGUUGCCCCCCAUUUCUAGGAAUAUGUGAGAAAAUCUCCCCAGAGUAGUUACAACAGAAAUCUCUCUUUUUUUUAAUGUAAUUUUUGUUUGUUAUUAAAAGGUGCAGGUUUACACUGGUGCGGAUGCGUAUUGCAGUGGGGCUCUGAACGUAUGUCCAUUUCUUGAGGGGAAAAACGAACUGACAGUUCAGCUGCUGCUUCUGAGACACAGCUUCAAGAGGGCAAGGGGAGGAGGAAUGACUUGGAAAACAAGUAUAAGCAUAUAGAAGUAAAGGUCUGGAGACCAUGGGAGAGGUACUUAGAGGCAGCAGAGACUGGAGGAAGCUGGAAACUUGUGACUAUAUGAACUAUUCUCUGAGAAAAUCACAAAAUCAGAUGGAAUCCAGAGGAAAAAAAAUCACCUUUGGUGAUGUUCAGACAAAAACCUCAAAGAAAGAAUAUCAUUCCCAAUGGAGAUAAGCCACUCACAGAAUCAUAGAAUUGUAGAAUUGUUUGAGUUGGAAGGGAUCCUUGAAGGUCAUUUGGUCCAACUCCUCUGCAAUGUACAGAGACACCUCCAGCUCAAUCAGGUUGCUCAGAGCCUCAUCCAGCCUGCCCUUGAGUGUCUCCAAGGAGACUCCGAUCCCCUGGAUCCUAUUAGAGAUGCAGCACACAGCUGCGUUGGUGCUGUGUCACCUGUCUAGAAAAGGCACCAAAGCCUGACAGGAUACUUUGAAGUGGUGCUGCCUUUGCUGCUCACCUGCUGAGCUGGAAAAAUGUUGGACCUGAUCUGGGAUACUUUGGGGAAACUGCUUCCCAGCAAUGCUGGACCAAAGUUGUGUGAGAUGCACUGAAGGUGUUGGGUGGCUGGAGCAAACAGGUGCUUCUUGAUGCCUUACCUGGCAACAUCAUUUAUCAUUGCACCACUGCCAGCCAACCACAGUGUGUACCAAGCAGUUGGGAGUAGACUUGGAGUCUGUACCCUGUUUCAUAUGCAACCUCAAGAUAAGGUAUAUUUAAGAUAUUAUUUUGGCCCAUGAAUAGAAUUUGGCUUACAGCCAUAGCAAAGACUUGGUUCAAAGUUAAUCAGAAACGCCAUUAAACACCUUGCAUAAUGAACCUGUGAGUUUCAGCUGGCAAAUCACCUGGAAAAAUUCACACCAAACUCUUGAAUAAAGGAGGGAGCUUUCUCUACCCAUGACCUUGCAAAGGACCUCUGGAAAAACCCAUUUUCAACGCAGACCCUGGCUCCACCCCUUCACAACAUAACUUGAACUCUUGCUUUAGAAAUCCAAUAAAACAGCCAACUUUCCCUGCCUGGAGAUCAUAUAUUAGUCACCCCACAGUCACAACUUCAGAUUGUAGCAGGGGCCACUCAAAAAUCCUCCACAGUUUUGGGGCUGCAAGCAGCAUCACGUGAAUAAACUUAUUUAUGUGCUACUCUUUCACACGGUGAGCAAGAGCUCAAAGUCCUCCCUGCGAUGCUGGUGCUGCUGCUGCAGAUCACACUGAGCUGCCUCUGGCUGGGACGUGGUGAGGUGGUGACAUCCUUUGAAAGUUCAUGCCCUCAGUUUUUCUUCCGGGAAACACCCCCAAAUGAAGCCCUGGAGCCAGAGAACCCAGCCUGGAUCUGCCAGCGUUACAAGAAUCAGUAUUAUUUUGCCACCCUGUAUGACAGGAGCAGGCGUAUUCCCGUGUACUCUGCUUACCUGUACCAACCAGGACCUGGCACAAGACCUAAAACCUGGCUGGUGGAACCCCAGCUGAUGGGUCUGAGUUACCCCAAAACAAUGGAAAGAGAAUGGACACUCUCAAAAUAUUUCAACGUCACUUCAGAGCAGCUUGGCGAGAGCCAGGCUAUCCUCCGGGAUUACAAGAACUUGACGGGUUUGAACCGCGGCCAUUUGAACCCCAGUGGACAUCACUCGGACUCCAGCAGCAGGACAGCAACAUUCAGCCUCACCAACAUCGUGCCUCAAGAUGAGAAACUCAAUGGUGGUGCCUGGAACAACUACGAGCAGCAAACCAUGAUGAGGAGGACGGUGGGCUGUAACAAGACCUAUGUUGUAGUGGGUGCUGUGCCUGGGAACAACUAUAUCGCCAAGGGCAGAGUGAAUAAGCCCAGCCACAUCUGGUCGAGUGCUUGCUGUGAGGUGGACCAAAACCAUAGGGAGGCUUGGGGGGUCAUUGCUGAGAAUGACAAGAAUGAGGUACAGCUCCUCACGCUGGGAGAGCUGGAGGAGGUACUGACCCACCUUUAUGGGCGGGAUCAGGUUUAUCUGUUUGAUAGUGACUGUCCCAGGGAAUAAGCCCUGUUUCACAUCUUAGGUAUCCUACCAUACCCACCAGCAUUUGUACCCCCUACUUCCCUCUCUAGGGGUUUUCCAUCUGUUUCUCAGAGCCUCUUCUUUGAAAAUAAAAGGAAGAAAGAGGCCAGUAAGGCCUCUGGCUCAUUUGCUUUCCUACUCUGCUGCCCACCCUUGCAAUGAUGGUUCUGGGAUGAGUCCCUGAAAGCUCUGGAGAGACAGUCUGAAUACCAGUCCAUGGAUAAGGAAUCAGUUUGUCCUUAAGACUAGAGAUGUAUUGCUUUUUGUGCCUUCCUAUUUCUCCAUGCCCACAUACAGAUUGCGGUUCCUUACCCUCUUUCAUUCAUCAUCACUGUUAACACGCUGCUGACUUAUCCAUUGCCUCCUCAGGAAAGUUCCCAGGCAAGGUUGGCUCAUGUAAUCCAUGGAUUAUCCAGAUUCCUCCUUGGAGAUACUCAAAAUCCAUCUGGACUUUGUAGUGGACAACCUGCUCUGGCAAGGGCAAAAGUAAAGGGCAGACAGAAAGAGGAAAGUGGAAAGGAGGAAGGCUAGUAAUCAUGGGAGGAACAUCACAAGUCUGUUGAGCUCCAUAGAUAAGUAAAAUAAGAAGGAAGGAGAUAACCUGCAUCUAAUCUCUAAGCUCCCUAACUCUGAAUUUACAUGAAGGCCAUGCUUAUGUAAAUUUAUUAGCACGUUUCUGUUUGCUUGGUUCUGGAUCGUGUACCUUGAGAGCAAGAGCUGAGCUAUUAGGCAGCCAGGCUCAGGGAUUAGAUAUACAGCAGACUUUGACCAGCCCAAGAUAAAUUUCUGUGAUGUCUUUGAGGGAUAACUUCAUUCUCUGCCCUACUUCUGAACCUUUUCUGCAGAUUUAUAUGUGAUUGAUUUAUUUUUUUCCAUUGUAAUAUGUAUUCAGUGGGUAUAAAAUUCAAUAUAUGCCAUACAAUUCUGUUCCUGAGUCGUUUAUGAUAUAAAUUAUUUGCUCCAAUGUUGGAUCCUA